AGCAGGGGCGGACUGACCAUUUGGGAACUCGGGCACUGCCCGAGGGCCUGGGGUCAGUAGGGGGCCCCAUGAGAUGCCCCUGGUACCUUUCAAAGGCUUUUUUUUGGGUGUGGAUUGAGUGUGGGCGAGGACACAGGGGCCCCAUGAGCCCCUAUUGCCUGGGGCCCCAUGAGUUGUUAGUCCUCCCCUGGUGCCCAAGGGCUCAAAUGGUCAGUCUGCCCCUGCUUGAAACACGUAAGUCAGUUUGGAUUCAGUAGGCUCCUACAUGGGAAGUAUAAACACACAAUGUGCUU